AUGCCGAAAGCCACGAUCGCCGACGGCACGCGACACCUCAACAUCUACCUAGGCUGGGCGCUGACCAUCUCGUACUGGAUAUGCUGGCCAGUCGUGAGCGUGUUGUGGUACUUGGCAUUGGCUGUAUUCUUCGUCGUCAAGAUACUGUACUGGCCUGUCGCGUUCUUGCUGCAGCCCGUGUUUGUGUUUGGACGCGUCGUUCUGAACGUGCUCGCAACACCUUUCAGGCUGCUGGUUAGAUUUCAGGAUCUGUACAUCUAUCUGGGUUUCGCCGCUAUCGUAGGCGUGGGUGGAGGACUGGCGGUAUUUGGAACCUACAGAUUCCUCUACAAAGUAUUGAGCCUCGAAUCGAAGCCGCCAGAGGUACCGCUGCGAUCGGCGAAGCAGUAUCGUGAGGAGAAGCAGCAACAGAGGGUCAAGGCCGAAAUGCCUCUGCUAUCUCCCCGUCACCUCUCACCUGGCGCGCUUUCUCCCGGAUACAUGAGCAUGUCGGACGGCACUCGCAGAGCUGGCGGGACCCGCGGUUUGCUGGCACACACCAUCCUCGAGGAAGAAGACUCCGACUUCUGA